AUGAAGCUUGCUCUCUAUUCGGCUCUCGCUGCACCUGCAGUCUACGCGCUCAAUGUCUCGCUCCCCUAUACUGCACCUCCCACCGCCGCCCUCCUUUCUCCUGCUCUCGUCUCCUUCUCCAUCGAACAGGACAGAUGGGUCGACUGGGCGGGAACGGAAGCCCCCAACGACUUCUUCAAUACCGUCCUUGAAAACAUCCAGAAUAUAACCGGACAGCUCCCCUGGAUCCGGAUCGGCGCAGACUCGGAGGAUCACACAGACUUUAGCUAUAAUUUGGAGUACGAAGAAGAUAUUUUUCCUAACAGCACCGCAGUCACGCCUUACCCAGAGGCAACAAACAUAACAGUCGGUCAGGGCUUCUAUGACAUCAUCUCUCACCUUCCAGCAGGCACCCACGUACACUGGGGAGUCAACCUCAGGCAAGCAAACUUGACCGCUGCAUACCUCGAGACUCUUGCUCUCGUCAAGGCCUUCCAGUCGUCUGCGGUCACGGAGAAAAACAUCACGCUCGAUCUCAUCGAGGUUGGAAACGAAUCCGAUCUGUACUAUAGUAAUGGUGGAAGAAACAGCAGCUGGAGUAUAUUUGAAUAUGUCCCCCAAUGGAUCGAGUUUGCUUCCAACGUUUCUUCGGCCGCUGGUCUCUCAUCUUCCUCCUACACCAAGCUCAUUGGUGGCGCUUUCGCCGGCUCAGCGCACAAUAAUCUCUCGGGUUUCUCUCCGCAGGCAAUUUACAACCUAGGUAUCCUGGAAUCAGAACCUGGUUCUUUGAUCACCACAAUCUCUCAGCACCAGUACAGUGGUUCCUUCUGCACUGGCGGCGGCGCUGUUCUUCAGGACCUUAUGACCAAGGAGUACAUUCGCGGUAACAUCUCCGUGUUCGCACCCGACAUCAACGCCACUUUUGAGAAUGGGCUUGAGUACAUCCUCGGCGAGACGAACAGUAUGUCCUGCCAUGGCGCGCCAGACGUCAGCAAUACCGCAGGCGCUGCGCUUUGGGCUUUGGAUUACUCAUUGUAUGCGUCUCAAGUUGGCAUAAAGAGACUCCACUUCCACGAGGGAAUUGGAUACAAGUAUAAUUUCAUUCAACCCGUCACACUCAACUACUCCAUCUUGGAUGGUUCACCAAUUACUCCACUGGCUCCUCAUGUCCAGCCACCUUAUUAUGCUGCCAUUAUCGCGGCGGAAGCUAUUGGCCCGAGCGGUACCACUCAGGCUAUUGAGCUUAACGUAAACGCGACCGAUACCUCAGGAUAUGCAUUCUUCGAGGGCCAACAGCUGUCCCGCGCCAUCUUCAUCAACACUGUUGCAUAUCUUCCGGGUGCAAAUCGUUCCAAUACACACAUUGACUUGGUUAUCCCAGGGGGUUACCUGGCGUCGUCGCAGAUGACCAUCAAGCGGCUCAAUAUCGGAUAUGCCAACGAUACUUCGGGACUCACAUGGGGAGGGCAGUCUUAUGAGACACCAGAUGGUUCGGUGAGCGGACAGGAAACAGUGGAGACCGUGAACGUCAGUGAUGGGCUGGAUAUUCAAGAGACGGAGGCCGUCCUUGUACAGUUCCUUUGA